AUGGCAGAGCCCAAAUCGGAGUUGGAAGCACCAACUGUGGAUGAAGUUCAAUGCAAUGAUGCAUGUAUCAUGAAGAUUGUGGACCUGCCUAUUGUGGACCUGUAUACGCCUUUCCCAGCAUCCCUGCCGACAAAAGACGUCGCCAACUCUCCAGUUCCCCUCACUGCGCAACCGACAGCCGUCGAGAACGCUUCAGCUCUACCGUCACCCCCACCAAGUUCAGUCGUGCCUGCAAUCGCGACAACGAUCGAGUCUUCUCGUCCAACACAACAGGCAUUACCAACCCACAGCCCCAAUCGUGGCGACUCUGGGAAAUUCUACACCGUCGACCUGACCCCCUCAACAGCAUCCGCUCCGCUGGUCGCUCUCACAUUUCACGACCGAAUGCGCCGUUGGAUUCAGCGCGCCCUCGUCAGCACUGGACAGGCAACACCGUCCACCGAUGAUUACUUUGUACAGCAAAAAGACCGCUUUCUUGGUCUGCUUCAUCACUUGGAAGCAGUAAAAUCGAGUCUUCAGCGCCAUCGAACGGUGUUGAGUCAGUUUGCCGCGUCUGCAUCCCAACUUGGCCUGGACGUUGGUUGCGUCGUUCAAGGGAGCAAUGUCGAAGACACGUUCGCGACAACUACGGUGCAACAGGACACCCAAUUAACCGACGCCGACGCGAUGUUGACAGGCGCGCUUCGAAUCUUGGGUAGUAGGAUUCUGCACAUGCAGUCGAUUCAGACCUUAUUCAUUCGGCGCGCCAACUUGAAGCUGGACGUGGACAGUUUUCAAAGACGACUGGACGCACGGAAAGGUCGGGGUGACACGAGCGCCUUGGAAGCAAAGACAAUGGAGGCGAGAAUGGCAAUGGACGAUUGCUCGUUGCAACUCUAUCGCGUGUUUGCUAAAUACGAGGCCGAACGGCACUCGAUCUUGUACACGGAGCUCGACAUGGUGCGUCAAGUACUCCACGCCAUGUACGUCAAGAAUGCGGCAUUAACAGCAGUACGCACCGUUCCCAUUUUGGUGAAAUCCCCAAAGAACGAAGAAGAGCUGUUCGGCAUCAUGUGCGAUCAAGGCAUCAAAACGAAACAAGGCGGACCGAAAGGUGCAUUGCGAAAAAACUCACUUCAGUUCACGACGGACAAUAUAUAA